AUGUCUGGCUUACCACGCGGCCAGUCCCCUUUAAAGGUAAGUACCAAAUUCAUACGAUAACACAGUACACCAUGAACUGACGGGAACAUGCAGGACCCCAAGCCUAUUAAGUAUGUCGACUUCAGAAUCUGCACAGAGCAGGAGACUGAAGCUAUGAUCGUCAAUGCAAGAAAAAUUACCCAAAUUGCCAAAGAACUUGCGGCUAUGCCACGAAAACGAGAUCUUGCCUUGGUAGUCAGAGGCGACAUGAAAACCAAUCCAAUGACUAGCACGAAGCAUUACUACGUCGAGGCCGCAAUGGGAUAUAUUGUAGGCAUGCUCCGAGACAAUGGCACGUAUUGUAGCAACAAGUGCCGAAAUGGCGAUGGACGCUUCCCUUUUUGUGUUACUGUCACCAAUGAGCAAACUGGAGAGCCGUACUUUAAGGGUGCUUGUGUCAACUGUAGAUACCAAAUCGCCGAAAACAAGUGCGAAUUGUCUUUAAGUGGGAGAGACGGAAAUGGGGGGACGGGGGGAGGUGGAGGAGGCAAUGAUGACAACAACGAUGAUACCUCUGGAGGCAAUGAUGCUGAUGACGGGGAUGGUGACGAACCCAUGGGCGAGGUUGAAGAGGUUGAUAAGAGUGGUCGCAAGAUUAAAGGCAAAGGCAAACGAAAGCAACAAAAAGAUCUCGAGGAUGAGGAAAUGGCGGAAUUGGGAGAGGAAGACGGGGUCGAAGCGAGGGGUCGUGAAGAAAAUGUAAAGCAAAAAACAGCUAAGAUCAAGCCAAAGAAAGGUCCAGUAGGUAAGAAACCACCCAAAUCUGGACCGAAGACCGGCAAAUCUGGCGUGGGGGAUACUGGAAAGUGA